UCCGCUCUGCUAACGGGCGUUCAGGAUGCGCCGGUUCGGGGGGAAAGCAGAUUCAACCAAACCGAUCAUGAAGUUCUGUAUAAGUGAAUGAUCAAUUUCAAAUCCUCCGGAUCGAUCAGCGGGGCUGUGCACGCCACUAAAGAAGCCAUGAAUCAACAGAUUUUACAGGCUGUAUGUGAUGAGGACACAAUGUCCUCCAACUCUGUUGGGAUGUCGGAUUUGUCUGAUGAGAUACUGCUGUGUAUCCUCCACCAUGUCCCAGUGUGUGAUCUGCUGAUGAACGUGGCAAAUGUCUGCCAGAAGUUGCACACAUUAUGCCACGAUAAAACCCUGCUCACCAACGUCAGGCUGUCUGAAGAAUAUCUGGCUGACGAUCAGUUGGUCCGCCGAACACUGAAGCAGCUGUCCAACCAUGUUCAGUCUCUGAGCCUGAAUGGCUGCUACUGGUUGUCCGGUUCCACCAUGGAGCACCUUGCACGCUGCAGAGGAGUGACGCAUCUUGACGUUACCGGCUGUCGCCUGACUUCUCUUAGCCUGUCACGUCUCCUCUCCUCCCUGUCUUUACUCAGAUCACUUGCUUUUGACGUGAGGCCAUGCUUCAACUCGGCCCUGCUGAGUUCAGAGGCCGUGGAUUCACUGAGCCGCCUGACGGAGCUCAGACAGACUCUCUUCACGCCAAGUUAUGGGGUGGUGCCCUGCUGUGCCCAGCUGCGCAAGCUGAUGCUGCAGUUCGACAUCCCAGAUGUGACCAGAGAGGGCGUUGGUGUUUGCUGUCAGUUAAUGGUUGGUCAGAGCAGUGUGCCGCAUUAUGAGCAGCUGGAGGAGUUCACCGCAAGGCUGGCUCCGGGAGAGGUCAACCAGACCUUACUGCUUCUUUACCUGGCAGUAUUCAGCGUUCACAUUCCGAAGCAUCUCAGAAUUUUCCUGGUGUCCAUUCCUGGUCCAAACCCGGCUCACUGGCCAGCCGCUCCCUCUCUGGCUCAGAGCUUGGGUGAACGAGGAGACCUGGUGGCCCUGCAGCUCCCUCGGUCCUGGUUAGAUUCUUUGUCGCUGAAGAGAGCUCUGGAGGGAAACAGUCCCAAGCACCUGAGCUUCAGCCGCUGCCCGGCUCUAUGGCCCCAGGUGUUCCAGUCGCUGCUGAACGGAGGAGUCAGAGAUGCCACGCAGCUGAUCAGCCUCAACCUCAGUGGGAUAAACCAUGUUCCUUACUCCGAGUGCAGGAGUGUGGAGGAUCAACUGGUUUCUGGGACAGUGAGCCAGUUGGCGGCAGCCUGCUGCAACAUUAAACACUUAAACCUGAUGCACACGCAUUAUCAUCAUGAACACUCAUCUGGGCUAAAUGGGGAGGCACACCUGUGUGCCAGCUUGGCCAGAUUCAAACGGCUUCGCUCGCUCACUCUGCCUGCAUGUGCUCUGUCAGAUGGCUUAAAUACAUCCAACAUCUCCACACGCAACCCGGCUCUCUCUCCGUUGUUCCAGGGCUUGAAGAAACCGCCGCGCGUGGGCCUUCAGACUUACAAGCCUGAUUCAGAGCCACCUCCUUCAGGGAACGGCACCUCAGGGUUGGCCUUGCUCACUGCCGGCUGUCCUUUUUUGGAAACUUUUGAGCUCAUUGGUCCAGGAUUCGCCUCAACGCUUCCUCGGCUGGAGCCCUGCUCCCGAGCCAGCGUGGAGCCUCGCGGUAUGUGUGCAUGGGCACGAGGAGUUGGCGACACGCACUUGGCAGCACUUGAGGCGUUGCCUCGAUUGCAUCGCGUGACUCUGGCUGGACUUCCUGGAGUGGUCAGAGGAACGGGACUGGUACAGCUGACCCAGCAGUGCAGAGACCUAAGAGUGUUAUCCCUCGCCAAUCUGGGAUCCCUGAAAACUAUGAGUUACACAGCUGCCUUGUUGGACGCACUUAAGCAGUGCACUCAGUUGCAAGAACUCAGGUUAGAGCAGCCUUACCUAAAUGCCAAUUCAUCUUUCUUCGAGGCUCUGUCCUGCUGCUCUCGCCUCCAGCGUGUCUGUCUCAUCUCGCGUAGCGGCACCUUUGACCCAUCGGCCACAGAGACCUUCAUGGAGAAUUGCUGCCACGUCAUCAUGUGCCACAUGUUCAUGGGUGGCACCUUGGUGGCUUGUCGGACCCUGCAGAAAGCUCUGCUGGAUAGAUUUUCAGUUGAGCGCUCAGCUCUGAGUGUGGCCAUCUAUCCGUUACAACACGAAGACUUGCCGUCGGUCAUCAGAGGGAUUCCACUAACGCUGCUGGAUCAGAUAACUUUGUUUCAGAGCCACGUGGCGCAGCCACCACAUUUAUCACCACUGUGACAUCAGGACAACGCUUAAUAGUGAAUGUUGCUGGAAAUAAAAUUUCACAAAUCAAAGAUGGUUAUCCGCCCCUCAGAGUUCUUAUUGUGUGUUUUAUCAGCAAACCGUUCAAGCUGCUCUACAGCAUCACAUCAGCUGUGAUUGUUUACAUUUGUUUGACACAGUAAUAAAGGGCCUUCAAGGGAAUUUCAUCCUUUUCAGACUUUAGAGUUUGGUUCAUUGCUUCAGGACAUUUCCUAUGUGCUAUUAUAAAUAAUUUAUCUUUUCAGGUUUUAGUGUUACAUUUAAAAUAAGUGCCAAAAAUAUAAAUUGUGUUGUAUGAUUUUUAAUUUUUUUUGAGGAUGUGAAUCAAUGACCGUGUAAUAAAUUCCCAUAAGUAGUUUUUAA